AUGAACGCGAGAUUCGAUUUCCAAGAAAGGUGAUCAAUCAAAUCCUCGAGUCCAACAUGAGUUUGCCUCGAGUUGUUCGAGAAUCUGGCAGGUGCCUUUUUCAAUUCCACGAGUUGGCGUCUGAAGGAUGGGUCCAAGAAACGUGAUCUCCUGCAAGUAUGUGUCUGUCCUUAUAAGAACUGCCGCAUCAUCAAGCGUCGGCCGAAUACUUCAAUUGAGCCUAUCAGCCUGAGGAGCAUCCCUUCCAAAUGACUUUACAGACCAGGCCGGAUACUCCUGGUAGGCCUAAAACUAUCGUACUCUUUGGGGCGACGGGAGCAGGCAAAAGCUCUGUCAUCAAUCUCAUGGCAGGAAAAGAGGUAGCACAUACAUCUCUUAGCCCGGAACGCUGUACAUUGCAGUGGAAAGAGCAUACUGUCGACUUCGAUGGUGACUCAUAUAUGGUUUUCGAUACCAUCGGGAUUGAGGAACCGCAGCUGGGAAUCAAAGAGUACCUCGAAUCUGUCGAAAACGCCUAUCGGCUCAUCAAGGAAUUGGAUAGACAAGGCGGCAUUGAUCUACUUUUAUUCUGCUUUAGCGCCGGCAGAGUCACUGCUGCACUUCAAAGCAAUUAUCGGCUCUUUCACGAAUUCCUCUGCGAAAAGAAGGUUCCAAUUGUUCUUGUGAUCACGAACCUCGAAAGAGAGGAGAGGAUGGAGAGUUGGUGGGAGAGACACGGAGCUACUUUCGGCAAGUAUCAGAUACAGGUCGCCGGUCAUGCGUGCAUCACUGCCGCCAAUCGGUUGGACGGCAGACACCAAGUCCUUUAUGAACAAUCGCGCAUCACGAUCCGCAACCUUGUCAAGAAAUUUACUGUCGACGGGCAGAAGCAGGCAUGGACGGGAGGGGACAAUCUGUUCGUGUCGUUGAUGCGCAGACUGAAGGAGUUACUUACAGGGGGUUCGCAUCUGACAAGGAGGGAUAUUGUCCCUCAUCUCACGAAGCGUUGUGGUAUAUCUCUGAACGUUGCAAAAGAGUUGGCUAAUAUGAUCAAGCAAAACGUAGCAUGA